AUGGCCCACUCAUGCUGCUCCCCGUGCUGCCAGCCCACCUGCUGUCAGCCCAUUAGCUGCAGGACCACCUGCUGUGAGUCCAGCUUCUGCAAGCCCUGCUGCCCCCCAGCUUGCUGUCAAACCACCUGCUGCAGGACCACCUGCUGCAGACCUACUUGUGUGACCACCUGCUGCCAGCCCACCUGUUGCAGCAAACCCUGCUGUCAGCCCACCUGCUGUGAGACCAUUUGCUGCCAGCCCUCCUGCCCCCCAACUUGCUAUCAAACUAGUGAAACCACCUGCUGUAGGACCACCUGCUGCAAGCCUGCUUGUGUGACCACCUGCUGUCAGCCCACCUGCUGUGGGUCCAGCAGCUGUGGACAAACCUUCAGUGGGUCCAGCUGCGGCCAGCCUUGCUGUCAGCCAGCUUGCUGUGCUCCUGUGUACUGCCACAGAAUCUGCUACCACCCCACAUGCUGCUGCCUGCCUGGGUGCCAAGCCCAAGAAUGUGGAUCCAGCUGCUGCCAGGCUUGCACCCCCCCUGUCUGCUGUCAGACCACCUGCUGUCGCCCUAGCUGUGUGUCCAGCUGCUGCCAGCCUUCCUGUUGCUGA